CAUCAUCUCUUCUUUCUUCUUCUUCUUCACUGUCUGCAAAACAAAAAUGGAGAAACCAUCCUCAAUGAAACAAUGGAAGAAAGGUCCUGCUCGUGGUAAAGGCGGUCCACAAAACGCUCUUUGUAAGUACCGUGGAGUCAGACAAAGGACGUGGGGCAAAUGGGUAGCUGAGAUCAGAGAGCCUAAGAAGAGGGCAAGACUCUGGCUUGGCUCCUUUGCUACUGCUGAAGAAGCAGCCAUGGCUUAUGACAAAGCCGCACUGAAACUAUAUGGCCAAGACGCUUAUCUCAACUUACCUCAUCUUCAACAAAGGAAACAAGGGCCUCCUGUGAACAAUACUCAGAGGUUUAAAUGGGUGCCUUCAAAGAAGUUUAUCUCUAUGUUCCCUUCUCGUGGUUUGCUUAACCUGAAUGCUCAGCCUAGUCUUCACAUUAUCCAGCAAAGACUAGAUGAGCUCAAGAGAAACGGACUUCUAUCUCAUUCCUUUUCCUCAACUACUAGACUUCUUGAUGAAAAGACCAGCAAGAUGUUGGAAGGUGGUGACGAUGGUGACCAGAAGAAACCAGAGAUGGACCUGAACGAGUUUAUUCAGCAGAUGGGGAUCUUGAAGGAUGAGAGUCAAGCAGAAGCAAGUGAAGUAGGAGAAUGUCAUUACACUCCUCCAUGGAACGAACAAGAAACUGUAAGUCCUUUCGCAGCUCAGAGUUUAAGCUGGAAAACGAUGAUAGAGAUGCCAGGAAGUGAAACCUCAGCUAUGUGGUUUGACUCCAACAAUUUGGGAAGCUAUGAUUUCGAGGAUGAUCUAGGUUUCCCUUCCAUCUGGAACUUAGAUGAGUGAAGAUCAGAUUCAGAAGUACACGUGUGGAGUUAGGUUUAGCGUAGUGUGUUUUGUAAUAGUGUAGCUGCAGGGAUAGAAAGAGAUAUGCUCAGAGUGCAGUCUCUGCAGCAAUAAAAUGUGUCAGUGUACUUCUGAAUAUGAACGAGUUGUUCUGCU